AUGCCCCAGCAAAAGUUCAACAAGCUUGCUCGCACCCGUAUUCUGAUCAUUGGUGGAACAUCUGGUAUCGGCUUUAGUGUCGCUGAAGGAUCACUUGAAUACGGCGCCUCAGUCGUGAUCGCAUCUUCCAGUCCCGAAAAAGUUGAGAAAGCGGUGUCACGUCUCCGCGAUUCCUACCCUGACCUUUCAACCUGCAUCUCCGGCCAAGCUUGUGACUUAUACAAUACCUCCACCGUGGAAUCCAGCCUCGACUCACUUUUGGCAUUCGCAACCAAGGACGGCAAGAAGAUCGACCACAUCGUCAACACGGCCGGCAGCCCUGGAACGUACCCGCCACUUUCUGAAAUCACGCCUGAGCAAGUCGGAGGUGGGAGCUCGCGGCUGGCGGGUACAUUAAUGUUGGCCAAACAUGCACCCGCAUAUAUGGAAGUCGGGCCUCAGGCGAGCAUCACACUUACUACCGGAAGUUUGUUAUUCAAGCCAUUCGAGAGAUAUGUUACCGGGAUCGGAUUGAGCGGUGCAAUCGAUGCGACGGCACGUGCACUUUCAAUCUCGCUUGCGCCACUACGCGUGAAUGUGGUGGCUCCUGGUUCGGUUGACACUGAACUGUUGCAGUCAAUGGCGAGUGGAGAUGAAGCAGUUCAGAAGGCCACAUACCAGUUAUUCAAAGACAUGACAUUGCUGGGCGUUCUUGCCCGGCCGGAGGACACGGCGGAGUCGUAUCUGUAUCUUAUGAAGGAUCGAUUCAUUACGGGGCAGACGAUUUUGACCGAUGGUGGCAGGCUUCUUAAGUAG